AUGAGCGAUUCGCCCGCUGGAUCUAACCCAAGGACACCCGAAAGCAGCGGCGGCAGCAGCAGCAGCAGCGGCGGCGGCGGCGGCGGGAAGAGGCCGGCGGGGCCGGCGGUGGUGUCCCUCUUGCCCCCGGCGGACCCCCUGCGCCAGGCGAACCGGCUCCCCAUCAGGGUCCUGAAGAUGCUGAGCGCUCACACCGGCCACCUCCUGCACCCGGAGUACCUGCAGCCGCUGUCCUCCACUCCCGUCAGCCCCAUUGAGCUGGACGCCAAAAAGAGUCCGUUGGCGCUGCUGGCCCAGACCUGCUCGCAGAUCGGCAAGCCCGACCCGCCUCCCUCGUCCAAGCUCAAUUCCGUAGCGGCCGCGGCGGCCAGCGGGCUGGGAGCGGACAAGGACCCGGGCCGCUCGGCUCCGGGCGCCGGCUCGGCGGCGGCGGCGCUCAAGCAGCUGGGAGACGCCCCGGCCGAGGACAAGUCGAGCUUCAAGCCCUACUCCAAGGGUGCGGGCGGCGGCGGCGACUCCCGCAAAGACAGCGGCUCCUCCUCGGUGUCGUCCACUCCCUCCUCUUCGUCGUCGUCGUCGUCGUCCUCGUCCCCGGGAGACAAGGCGGGCUUCAGGGUCCCCAGUGCCGCCUGCCCGCCCUUUCCCCCGCAUGGAGCGCCAGUGUCGGCCGCAUCCUCGCCCGCCGGCUCCCGGGGCGGCUCCCCGCAUCACUCUGACUGCAAGGCUGGCGGCGAGCUGGACAAGAAAGACCAGGAGCCCAAGGCCAGCCCGGAGCCGGCGGCCGUGAGCCGCGGCGGUGGUGGCGGCGCCGGGGGAGAGCCGGGCGCGCACGGCGGCGGCGCCGAGGCGGGGUGUUCCGGGCGCAAGUCGGAGCCGCCCUCGGCCCUGGUGGGCGCCGGCCACGUGGCCCCCGUGUCGCCCUACAAGCCGGGCCACUCGGUGUUCCCGCUGCCGCCGUCCAGCAUCGGCUACCACGGCUCCAUCGUGGGCGCCUACGCCGCCGGCUACCCGUCCCAGUUCGUGCCUGGCCUGGAUCCCAGCAAAUCGGGCCUCGUGGGAGGCCAGCUGUCGGGGGGCCUGGGCCUGCCGCCCGGCAAGCCCCCCAGCUCCAGCCCGCUCACGGGGGCCUCCCCGCCCUCGUUCCUGCAGGGAUUAUGUCGUGACCCCUACUGCCUGGGAGGUUACCACGGCGGCAGCGGCGGCGGCGGAGCCUCCUCGCAUCUCACCGCCGCCGGCGGUUCCAGCUGCUCCACCUGCAGCGCGCACGACCCGGCCGGGCCCAGCCUGAAGGCGGGGGGCUACCCGCUGGUGUACCCGGGCCACCCGCUGCAGCCGGCCGCGCUCUCGUCCAGCGCCGCGGCGCAGGCCGCACUGCCGGGCCACCCGCUCUACACCUACGGCUUCAUGCUGCAGAACGAACCGCUGCCACACAGCUGCAACUGGGUGGCGGCCAGCGGGCCGUGCGACAAGCGCUUCGCCACCUCGGAGGAGCUGCUGAGCCACCUACGGACUCACACGGCCCUGCCCGGCGCGGACAAACUCCUGGCCGCCUACCCCGGGGCGGCCGCCGCCGCCGCAGCCGCAGCCGCAGCCGCCGCCGCCUCCUGCCACCUGCACCUGCCCCCGCCCGCCGCGCCCGGCAGCCCGGGCUCGCUGUCCUUGCGGAGUCCACACACUUUGGGGCUGAGCCGGUACCACCCGUACGGCAAGAGUCACUUGUCCACAGCCGGGAGCCUGGCCGUGCCGUCGCUGCCCACCGCAGGACCCUACUACUCGCCCUACGCGCUCUACGGACAGAGACUGGCCUCGGCCUCGGCGCUCGGGUACCAGUAA